CAACAUUACCCUCCUGCAAUCGCCCACAACACAACCCGUAGAGAGCAUUGCAUUAGUUCCUCUUCACGCUGGGGACAGUUGACGACCCUCCCCGCCGCACCAAACGCGCUCUCCCACAUCAGAAGAAAGGGCAAGAACGUAUUCUCAAGAGGGUCACGGGUUGCCAAGCGCGGGAUAUAUCGCCUCGGAUGAUCGUGUCUCACGAGUAGCGAUAUGCGAGAACGGUCACGCCCAGACCACCCUCGGUCAUGUCAAAGCCGACGGUUCUGUUUUCGGAGAAGGAAUCUGGGCGUCACGGUGCUGUUGGCCGCAGCAGGGACGGUCGGGUGCUGGGGAGUCUCUGCGUUCCGCCGACGAUAUUACCCCAGGGAUGCGAGGGAAGCGCCCCUGCGGUCGACGGAGGCGCGCGAUGAGAAGAGUACGGAACAACGUUUGCUACAGUGCUACUCCACCCCCGAGGCCGACCCGUUCGAGGGAAGGUGGCGAAGCUGCGCCAACGGUGUUGAGGAUUCCCCUGCCAACAUGGUCGGCUGGGAGUUUCCAACCUCGGAGUUCGGCUUUCUCGCAAAGUGCCAGAAUAUUUGGAAUAAACGGAAGCGAGUCGAGGGCGAAACUGGUCCCAGACCGUACUGGGCGUGGGAACCCACCAAGUGUUCGCUGGACGCCGUGAGCGAAGAGAAACUCUGCCGAGUCUUGGAGGGUAGAAAAGGUCUACUUCUCGUCGGGGACAGUCUGACGCGACUUUCCACAACAACGCUGGCGUCCAUCCUGCGCGCCAAGUCGCUCACUGCGGACUUGUACAAGGACGACUGGGAGGCGUGCGGGGGGAAGGUGAAACUGCGCUUUAUGCGCAAUGACGUGCUCGAUACGCGCACCAAGCCCCGCUACCGCUCAGUGCGGUGCGAGGAAAGCGUCGGGGGAGCAUUGGUGAACAACACCCGCUGCCGCAUUUUCGCGACCGACGCAACGCUCCGGGAGUUUGACACCUUGGUGGUUAACAGCGGAGCGCACCCAAGGCCGGCUGCGGAGUUUGGUCGGGAAAUGGAGGCCUCCGCAAAGGCCCUCACGAGCUCGAUGAAACGGUUACACGGGGAGGACAAAGCGAUUCUGGUGGUUAGGAACACCGUCCCGGGGCACUGGGGUUGCACCGAGAGAAUGUUUGAUGCGCCCGUCAAUAAAACCAUCGCCUUGAAGCUCGUCGCAGAGGCUCCCGAUUCGUACGAGUGGGAUAGCUUCGAAAGCCGCAACGUCCAGCUGCAGAAGGCCUUUUCGCCUGACAGGGGUUGGACACUGCUCGACGCUUACUCGCCGACCCUUCUAAGGCCGGACUCCCAUAUCGGAAACAGUGACUGCCUUCACUACUGCAUCCCGGGCCCUGCGGAUCAUUGGGCGCUUCUGCUGUACAACAUUCUGCUCGUGGCCAAAAACGACAGCGCGUAAGCGCCGCGGUACAACAUCCUGCUGGAAAGGGAGGAAUCUUCACGGGGAAAGGAAAAGAAGAAGCGCGAGAUGCUCGCCUACUCGUCUGAUGCUUCUCCCGUGGCCAGACUUGAUCGGUGUUUACAGGCGGCAUCGGUUGACCGUGGUACGGCGUGCUCUGCACCGAUCGUGCCACCUACGCAUGUUUCCUGUUCCGCAUGCUGCUAGCUGCUGCGUGACAAGAGUGACGGUGGGAAAGGGCAGGAAAAGUACUCGGUUAAGGGAAGGAAUGCGGGCGGCGUAGAACAAGCCCGUCCCGAAAGUGACCUGGCGCCCCCAGUACGGCACUCUUACAGCAGCUGCCGUCAUGCGGUGAAUGGGCGCGAAGGUGUAGGCAACCAUCCGUGCCGCAGCAAUUAAUGCCCUAUUAUUCAAUGGGUGCCCAACAAUGUAGGGCCGAAAAGCAGUGAGCGGUGAGUGACCGAGGACCUGGCAUGCAACGUUUCUUUGGCAUCCAACGGGUUAGCGAUAUUUUCGAUUCCAACGCUUGGCGAUGGACGCACUAUCGUGGCACUCGAUGCGUGGUGGGAGAAUUGGAUUUGAUGGUAGGGAGACGUUGGCCAACACGGAGGAGUUGUAGCUGAAGCAGACAUUGUUAACAAGGCGUGGCAAGACUUGGUAGUGCCACAGCAGCUUCGUUGUUUUGACAGCCCGAAGGACAAGCGGUGUCGAAUAUCCUCCAAGCGUUGAGUUUGACAGAGGUACACGGCAAUGUGUAGAAAUAUUCCCUCGACGGGGUGUUGCGCUUUCGAACGCACGUAAAAGUCGAAAGCCGCUCCAGAAAAUGCAACUAGCAUGUUGUCGAGGAUAGGAAUUGUUAGUUUCUGCCCCAGUUACAGCGGAACGCAACGGAGGUAGUUGCAAGGUCCCAAGAUACGCGUUGCUUGGCUGGUGGACGCACCUGUAUGAUCUUGAUGAUGUAACGUUUUUUCUACGGGUAUUUGUUCUCCGGCAUUGGGGUGGAAGAUAUCUUCCCCGAAGAUAUCUUCCCCGACACCAGUACAUGAGCGUUUUGGCUGCUUCUUUGAGAAGCACAUUUGUUGUGCAGUUUCGUGAAUAUCACUUCAUCAUUCCUUGUUCCGGGGGCUGAAAGCGUACCAUCAACAGUUGCGCACUACGAGCGCCAUUGGGCCUUCGAUCGUUAACCUUAGUCUAUGCACGGGUGUCUUGAACGCGUUGCCUUGACGGUGUUUUGUAUUCGCGUUGGGCGAAGGAAACUAUAUGUUGCUAACUGAAACUUUCACACUUAUGUGCGCCAUCGUCCUCCACGGCAAAGACUUCCCGCCGGAUUGGGCCGCAUAAAGGAAUUAGGGUGAAAAUGCUGUCUACAGAAAUUAUCGAUGAUGUCAAGAUUUAGGUUUGUAGCUUCAGCCGGAGCGGGUUCGAUCUGUUAAAAAGACGUCCUUUCUCACGAUUUUGUUGCCGUUGGUCGGAACGGUGUGCAAGUGUUUAGACACAAGGGGGUCAUGUCACUAGAGUACUGUAAGUGAACCGCCAUAUUAGUGAUGUGUGACUUGUGGAGUUAUCGCUGAAUUUGCGACAGAGCUCACGGCCCUGAGUCAGGCCGCAAAUGCUGCACUCUUAGCUGUCGGGGAUCCGAGCAACUGCGUACAUUGAUUGUCCCCUUCUUGAUAGGCGCAUACGCAGUGGC